UUUUGUCCAUCAAAAUGUCCUGCAUCUCCAGUAAUUUUAGUUCGUUCUUCUUAAAUUCCCUCAAUGAUCCAUCGGAAUUUUCGAAAUAUUUAAGUAAUGGCGAAUUGAGAUUUUCCUCUUUCGAGGAUUUUCAAGUCUACAACAAUAGUUCGCCGCAACAAUACCAACAACAACAGCAGCCGCAACAACAUUAUCACACAAAUGGCACAGAUGCGGCGAACGAUGAUAACAAUUCUAAUUUGGAAAAUACUCAGCCGCAAGCUGCCGGUGGGCAACAUUAUGCUGCCGGAGGUGGCAAUUAUCAGCAACAGGUUCACCAAGGUCAAGUGCAUGGCGGUGUCGCCAAUACUCCACCUACACAUCCUCUAAUGCAUUUGCAACAACAUCAACAAAGAUGGGCACCACAACAUCCAGCAGCUAAUUCAUCACAUCAUGGUGGACCACCAAAUGCCGCUGGUCAUCAGCAGCAGCAACAAGCACAUUUUGAUGGUUCCUUUGAAUUUAUGAAAUACUUGCGUCACUCGAAUGAUUACAGUGAUUCCUCAAAUCCCCAUGACCCACACCAACGUUCAGCCUCCCAGCAACAACAUCAUCCACAUAAUGGCAGUGCUUCCAGUGGUCCAGGUCCUGGUCCCACAGCCAUUGGCACCAAACCAGAACCUUCCCUAAAUGCCAAUAAUUCCAGUCUCAUCGAUUUGGAUAACACACCCCACAAAGUGUCACGUUCCUCACGCAAAACUCCCGCCUCCAGCAAUUCGAAUAGCAACGGCAAUUCGAACAGCAACCAUCAUCCACCCACUCCCAUGGCCGUGGAUGUUUACGAUCAUGAUUCCAAGCACAUGAUGUACGAUAUGCAUCACAUGAAUUCGGCCCAUAGCUCCAAUGAGUCCUCCAUGGAAUUGUCCUCGCUGACGUAUCCCAAUUCGCAUUUGAAUGCUUCCAAUUCGAAUACCUCUUCGGAGGGUGGUGGCAACAAUCAGGGUCACAGUGACUUUUCUAUGUUGGGUGUUGGUGGUGGUGCCGCUGGCUCCUCCACAAAUUCAUCAUCGUCGGCCAAUCCAGAUGCGGCAGCAGCAUCGCCGGCUGCACCCAAGCCCUUGGCCACAUUCACCAUUGUGGAGAACUUUGAAGCACAUCCGUCGCACAAGGUGGAGGAGGGUAUAUUCCAGCACAUGAACAAGUUGCCAGCCAAGAAAAAAGAGAAUCUCAAACAGUUGGGUGUACGUUUUACCGGUCAGAUGACACUCAACGAUAAAUCGAUAAUUGUGGAGAACUUUAUUAAAUUCUGUCAGGAAUAUGAUAUACAAGAUCAUCGACCGUUUCUAUCACUCAAUCAAAGUGGCCUAAAUAAACCUGAUCAAAUCAAAUUUGCCCGUUAUCUUGGACAAGGUUUACCGACGUUUACAUUAUUUUGCAUUUAUAGUAAUUUUAAAAAUUUAUUUUGCACAAAACGUACCGAAAAUUACACAAAGGAUGGCUAUAAUUUGCCUUAUAUUCUAGAGAAAACUAAGAGCUUCCUAGCAAACACCGCAGCGGGUACUGAUAAUCGAACUGUCCCUAGCACUAGCAACAACAAUAGUAACAGUAACACAGCCAUCUCCACCACCACAACCAACACAUCCUCGAUGUCCAAUUCUGCUGUAGAAACAGCCGCGGCCAAUCCCCCCAAUACCACCACAACAAAUAAUAGUAAUAGCACCACAAGCACCAAUGUUCCUUCAAACACAAAUAACAACACAGCUAUAUCCGCCUCCAGUGACAAUAACGCUGUGACAGAAACUGCGUUAACUUCUCAGUCAACAAUUGCAAGCAAUGGCGGUGAAACAACUGCCGCUGCUGCUGCAACGAACGGUGACAACAAUGAAAUUACCCAAGGCAAUUCAAAUGGUCAUAAUCAUGUAAACGGAGCUGAGGUAAUGCAAACACCAACUAAACAAGCGGCUAUGAAUGGACCAUCAACACCAAGGACUUCCCAUGUGCAUAAUAAUCAACAGCAGCCUGCUGCACCCACAACCCCCUUAACCGCUCUGCCACAACAACAGCAGCAACAACAUCACUUAAUUAAUCAUCAACAUCACAUUUCCAGUUUGUCCCGGCCCCAGACUCCCAGCACCCCAAAUUCACAACAACAUCAAACCCUUUCCCAACAUCCGCCACAACAGCAACAACAAAUUUCCCACAUUCACCCACAUCAUGUUCAACGUCCGGGCAUGCCGAUGAGUCCUAUUGUGGUGGUUAGCUCGGCCAAUGUUGGACCUUCGGCGGUUAUUGGAUCACCUUUGCCACCCACAACUGCGGCUAAUCAUCAUCUACAGCAUCCACAUCUUCAUGUGCAGCAACAACAGCAGCAUCAUCCGCAAGCAGUACUGCAUCACCAAAACCAGCUUCACCUUCAACAGCAGCAGCAACAACAACAACAUCAUCCGCAUCAUAUGCAACAGCAGCCGCCGAAUCAUUUGAUACAUCAUCCCUCACAAAUGACCAGUCAUCAACAGCAACUGCAACAUAACGUUGUCGUCCAUGCCGCCAACGGCGGUGGGACUGUUGUCGUAGGCGGCGGUUUUGUUUAUCAACAACAGCAGCAGCAUCCACAGCAACAACAAAUGCAAAAGCAGCAGAUUCAUCUACAACAACAACAUCCAACAACCCAGCCACAUCAUCCCCUGCAACACAUUGCUCAAUCAAAUGAUAGUAUGGAUUUUCUAGUGGCUCCCACAUCCACAACAACAUUAGUGUCGGCAGGAACAACAUCAUCGACAGCAAUGCCAGCAAAUGGAUCAGUAACAACAUUAUCAAUGCAUGUUAAUAACAAUAAAAAUGGACUCAGUAAUAAUGCUAUGAGUGUUCUUCAGCCACCACCUUUAAUACCAACUGAAUUACAGCAACAACAUGCCACAACAAUAUCAACACUUAUGGACUAUAAUACCAGCAAUAGCCAAACAAUGUUGCCACCAACUACAACCAAUGGACCACAGGCAGCACCUAACAGACCCUUGGAAAAUCUGAUGAUUUUCGACAAUUUCGAUGUGCAUGAAACUCAUCGCAUCGAAGAUGGCAUUUGUACACAAUUGUCCAGGUUACCUCCCAAAAAACAGGAAUUACUAAAACAGUUCGGUAUUCAAACAAAUCAGACUGUAACGUAUUAUGAAAAGUAUAUUCUCAUCGAAAAUUUCAACAGAUUUUGCAAUGAAUAUAAGGUGGCCGAUCAUAGACCCUUUUUGGAUUUAUCGGAGAGCGGUUUACCAAAAUCCGAACAACUUAAAUUCAUACGGUAUUUGGGACAGGGACUACCCAAUUUGACACUAAACAAAAUCUAUUUGGUAUUCAAGGACCUAUUAGGUUUAAGCAGAAUAGAAAAAAUGGCCAUAGAAGGCUACAAUUUAGAUGCGAUAUUAAAAAAGAAAAAACGAAACUUAUAUAAUAGAAUGACAGCAGCAGCAGUUCAUAAAGAAUGUAAUCCAGAUGCUAAUACACCCACAUUACCAGCCACGGCAACAACCAUAGUUAAACCACCACCA